AUGGAUCAGCUUCGAGAUCAGUCCGGAGACAUGAACGAUUUCAUGCAGACGUUUGCCAGCACCGGAUCCUUCUACAUGCUCAAAGAUGCAGGCAUGACCGAUGGCCAGGAAGAUCUCAAAGACGACGCUGUGGAUCUUGUGAUCGAUGCGACCCGACACAUCGCCAACGGAAUUGUGGAGCGGACUCGCGGUGCCCGUGGUGUCCUUCUGCAUGAGAUGCAAGAGUCCAUGGAGGUCCUGAACAACGUCUCAACGGUGCUUGAGGUCUUGGGCAAGCGAACUAGGGACCUGGAAGCGCAGCAGAGACAAAUCCUGAAGAACCUCUGA